AUGAGGUUCUCCGCGCAUCGCGGUUGCUGCACGCUAUUCGCAGCUCUCGCGGUUGCCGCAUGCCUAUUGGCCACCGGCGUUCCGUCAGCCGAAGCGUACGAUCCGCUAGAUCCAACGGGCAACAUCACGAUCGUGUGGGAUGUAACGAGCUGGGCAGGCGACGGUUACAUCGCGUGGGUGAAAAUGUACAACUACCAGCACUACCGCAAGAUUGAUCCACCUGGCUGGGCGCUGACGUGGAAUUGGACGCACGGCGAAUACAUCUGGGACUUGACGGGAGCCGUGGCGACGAAGCAAGGCGAUUGUUCUAAGCUGCAAUUCCCCGGGGGCAAGAUCCCGCACAGCUGCAUGCAGUACCCGGUGGUGAUGGAUUUAAUGCCUGCAGACCCCCUCAAGCCGGACGCGCCGGGAGUGCUGAAGAACUGCUGCAAGGCGGGGUACCUCGGAGCCAACAAGACCGACCCCGGGCACUCGCUCGCAGCGUUCAUGAUCAACGUCGGUAAUGCCACGAGCACGGUGUGGAACUUCGUGCCUCCGGGCAAUUUCAGCCUGGGCGUGGACGGAUACAAGUGCACAGACCCAUUCCAAGUCAACUCCACCAUCUAUACCGACCCUACCACUCGCCGGGAAACCCAGGCCCAAGUGACCUACCACAUCGUGUGCACCUACAGCUCGAUUCAGAAGCGAGACCCACCGAAAUGCUGCGUGUCGUUAUCCUCGUUUUACAACGACACGAUAAUACCGUGCGCGAGCUGCGCGUGCGCAUGUGGGAACUACUCGGCGAGCUCGAUUGUGUGCGUGCCGACGGGCGGCAAGGUGCCGUAUCUGAUGUCGACGCCGAGUGGGGAUGGGCUGGAGUUGAAGACUGAUCAAACGGCCAUGGAAUGCAGUCCGGACGGGUGCCCCAUCAGCAUUCACUACCACUUCAAGCAAAAUUACGAGGGCUUCUGGAGAGCCAAGAUCACCAUCAUUAAUAGGAGCCUGUGGGACAACCACACCAACUGGAAUGUUGUUGUUGAGCAUCCAAACAUGGGCAAUCUGACGGACGUGUUUAGUUGGAAGGCGGAGAAUAUCCUGCCGUACGGAGUGAACAACACGGCCAUCUUCUUUGGCAUGAAGCAGUACAACGACGUGCUCAUGCCAGCUGGCAAGGGCGGCAACGUGCAGUCGGAAAUGCUCUUUGCCAAGACGUCAGAAUUCACGCUCGAAGACGGAUGGGUCUUCCCUAGGCUUGACAAGGUCUUGGCCACUGCCGGAGCAAGAGGAGCAGCAGGAUCGACGGAGCGACAGGCACAGCUUCUAUGGGCUGCUUUUGACGCUGCUCGCUCUGGGUCUCUGCACCCUGACUGGAGUCGCUCUCCAGAGCGGCUGGUCUCCCGGGUCGCUCCGCCUUGUCGACGAAAUACUGACCGAAUCCAAGCCUCUCUGGCAGGCUCGGCUACUGUCCAGCUGGCAGGCUCGGUAGGGACGAUUCGGGUGAUUGGAGUGACCAGCAUCGCUACAGUGCUGUGCAUGGGCGUGGUGAACCCCAUGGCGAGCGGCAUUGGUGGCGGUGCGUUCAUUCUCAUCCGCUCGGCCAACGGCUUUGCUGAUGCAGUGGAUGCAGGCAUUGCUACAGUGCUGUGCAUGGGCGUGGUGAACCCCAUGGCGAGCGGCAUUGGUGGCGGUGCGUUCAUUCUUAUUCGAUCAGCCAACGGCUCCGCAGAGUUUAUUGACUGCCGAGAGACCGCCCCUGCCGCUGCUCACCAGGACAUGUUUGAGGGGCACGAGGAGGAUAUCAGAAAGGGAGACCUUUUGGACAUGUUUGAGGGGCACGAGGAGGAUAUUAGAAAGGGAGGACUCUCAGUGGGAGUACCCGGGGAGAUCGCAGGGCUUUACCUGGCGUGGCAGCGGCACGGCAGGCUGACGUGGCGCGACCUCGUGACGCCAGCCGCUGACAUGGCAGAGAGUGGCUUCCACGUGGCAGCUUACCUGGCAAACUCCAUAGCCGCCAGCAACGCAACCAUCCUCUCAGACCCUGGACUCAGUGCCGUUUUUGCUCCUGGAGGGAAGCUUCUGAGAAAGGGAGACACCUGCUACCGCCCCGCCCUAGCAGCCACUCUUAAAGCCAUAGCAGCGACAGGCCCAGAUGCGUUGCACCGAGGGGAGCGGGCGAGAGCUCUAGUAAAAGAAAUCCAGGCAAUGGGAGGGAUACUGACUGAGAAGGAUUUGGAGGAUUUCCAGGCGCAAGUGAGGGAGGUGCUUGUGGGGAAGGCGUUUGGGCUGGAUUUCCUGAUGGCUCCCCCGCCAUCGUCAGGAGGGGCGGUGAUUCUACAGGUGUUGAAGAUUCUCCAGGGGUAUGAGCUUCCUCUGGCGUCAGCAGGAGUGUUGGGGUUGCAUCGGGUGGUGGAGAGCUUGAAGCAUGCGUUUGCGCUGCGCAUGCACCUGGGGGAUCCUGCCUUUGUCAACGUUACUGAUGUCAUCCAAGACAUGCUUUCAGACGAGUUUGCCGCCCGGCUUCGAUCCGCCAUCCACGACAACAUCACCUUCCCGCCCGAACACUACGGCCACCCCGAGGACGAGUCAGAAGAGGACAAAAAACGCCACCCGCACCGCCACCAACUAUACGCCCAGCUAGACGACCACGGCACGUCACACACAUGUGUGGUGGAUCAGGAUAGAAUGGCAGUCUCUAUAACAUCUACAGUAAACGGCCCCUGGGGAGCGGGCAGGAUGGCAUCCCAAUCAGGGAUAGUUCUCAACAAUGAAAUGGCGGAUUUUUCGCUGCCCUACCGGCCGGGCAGGAUCCCGAUGCCGUUUGAGCCGCCGCCCGCCCCAGCUAAUUUUAUCCGGGCAGGAAAGAGACCGUUGUCGUCCAUGGCUCCGGCUAUUGUGCUACAGGACGGGCAGCUGAAAGCUGUGGUUGGUGGGGCUGGAGGAACAGUGAUUAUUUCGGCUGUUCUGCAAGUGAUCCUGCACUUCUUUUGCCAGGGUUAUUCACCCUUCAAGGCCAUUGACGCCCCUCGUAUCCACCACCAGUUGCUCCCCAACACGCUGUUCUACGAGGCGGGCCACGCUCUCGACGACGGAGAGCGCAUCUCAGUGCCCAACGCAACCCUCGCUGCCCCAUCUCAUUCCCUUCCCGUUUUCCACAUGCCCCUCCUUCCUCCCUAUCACCAGCUGCUCCCCAACACGUUGUUCUACGAGGCAGGUCAUGCUCUCGACGAUGGAGAGCGCAUCUCAUCUCAGUGGUCAAUACGUCCCAUACCCCACACUCCCCCUUUCUCCCCCCAGCUGCUCCCCAACACGGUGUUCUACGAGGCGGGCCACGCCCUCGAUGAUGGCGAGCGCAUCUCAGUGCCCAACGCAACCCUCGCUGCCCUGACCCGCCGCAACCACACCACCUUCCCCAUUCAAUUCGGGGGCUUCGUUCAGUUUAUCGUGCAAGACCUGGACGGCCCUGCAGUAAGUGUUGCUCUGCAGAAGCUUGACGGUCCUGCCAGUGCUGAGCAAAGGCUCGACUCUGCUGCAGCAGUGCCAUCUCAUGGACCCGGCAGGAAACUCAUAUCAGACCAGAAAGCAGCCAAGCUUGCGAUGGCUGAGCCAAACUUUCCGCCUCCGCUGUUUGGGCAGCUCACUGCAGUGAGUGAUCCGCGCAAGGAUGGUGGUCCUGCUGGGUACUGA